AUGUCAAUCUCAUGUUCACGCAGUCUUGCCGAUAUCCGGGCUGAACAGGCAGAUAAUCUGGAUCGCCUUCGCUCAACGCUGGAAACAAUGAAUUUAAAGGAUUUGGUGCCGAUUCUUGUGGCUAGGAACGUUCUGAAAUCUUAUGAAAUGGGAGCAGUCUAUGCUAAGGAAUCCACUGAAGCUCAAGUAGAUGCAUUAAUCUGUUUACUGAAGACGAAAAAUCACUGGGUAGGACCUAUGACCGACGCUCUCAUCAGAAACGGACAGGUGAGUUUUUGA